UCCUUUUCUUCUUUCUCCCUCUCUCUCUCUCUCUCUCUCUCUCUUUUUUUUUUUUUUUUUUUUUUUUUUUUUUCUUUGCCACAAUUUAAUCUUGCUCGGAUACACCCACAUUUCAGAGCUAUAAGAGACUAUAGCUGAGCUGCAGGGCCUGCAAUGCGUGACAUACCAUCGCUAUACAUGAUGCGCUCAUUUAUUUUAUCUCAUGUUCAGGAGGGUCAAUGUUUAUAUCCUUUUCAUUCUUGUUCACAUGGGCGGCGCUCUGGGUUUGCUUUGUCUUUUGUGAUGCUUAUGUUUGGGAGUUUGAUUACAUGGCGCAUGCAGCAUUCACAGUAAUGUAUGCCAUGGGACAAGCAGGACUUGUGGACCAUGGCUUGUUGACUGCUGUGUUUCUUACACAUAAUUUGAUAAUUCGCUGGGUGGCUCAUAGAUUAUAUAUACCACAUGCAUUAUAUCUGUUUCUAGCUGAGAAGGGUAAAAUGAGAUACACAGCACCAUAUUACCUACAUCAAGUAGCUUUCAAUAUGAUAGAUAGAGAUCACUGUCCCAGGAUUGUUUAUCCUCUUGUUAGAUUAGUGGUCCCAACAGCAUAGCAUGCUCCAGAAUAAUGCAGGUGCAAAAGAUAUAUAUCACUCUUAGAGGCUGUCUACAAAAAGAACUGUUGGAAACCAAGUACAAAUAAAACUAGAAACCCUCAGAUUAGGUAUAUAUGGGUUAGUAUGAAGAGUGGUUGAUGGUUGAUGCUU